UACCGGGCGUGGGGGGGGGAACGGGUCCGGAGCGAGAGAGCGGAGGUGACAUGGCACUAGUGACACAAAGUGCUCCCAGGGCCAGCUGCUGGCCUGCCCGGGGCUUCGUGGUGACUGGAAGAUGAGGCUGUAGUGUGUUAUUUCUGCGUUUUAUAGAUUCGUGGAGUGCAAGAAUAAAGUCAAGAAAGACUGCAAUGAGCUUCUGAAGUGUUGAAGUGACAAAAGGAAGGAAAAUGGAGACAGAAACCAUUUUAAGUCUUAAACAGCAACUCAGGGAGGCAGAGAAUGAGAGAAGAAAGGCAGCAGAAUAUGGUUUGGAUUUGCUGGAGUCCCAAAAUGAAAUCCAAAAUCAGUUGGAUCAAACACGCCGUGAACUGACUGAGAAAACUGAGAUAUUUGAACAAGAGAAGUACACCCUUCAGAGGGAAAUUGAACUCAAGAAUAGAAUGUUGGAAAGUUUGCAUUUUGAGUGUGAUUCCCUUAAGCAGCAGCAGAACAUGCAACUGGAAAAACAGAAGGAACAACUGACCAGAGCCUAUGGACAAGAAAUCAACGACCUUAGAAACAAGUUGGAGAACCUGAAAGCAGAACUUGAUGAAACCCGACUGUCAGAGAAACAGCUGAGACACAAAGUGGAGCAUCAGAAGGAAAUAAUUGCUGCCAAAUCAGAAGAACUGCAUAUGAUGUCUGAACGUGUCCAUGAGACCAUGUCCUCAGAAAUGCUCAGCCUUCAGAUAGAGCUCACUGACCUAGAGAGUGUGAAGGCCAGUGUUGAAGAGAAGCUGAAUGAGAUUCAGUACAGUAAAGAACAACUAGAACUCAUGAACAGUAACUUACAGAACCAGCUGGAGCGACUGCACGCAGAAAAGGAGGAGAGGGAGAAAGAAAUUGUUUCUUACUGUAAUGCAUUAGAGAAAACUCGUGAAGCCAAUCAGGAGCUUCAGGUUCAGCUGGAUCGUGUAGUGCAACAGUCUUUGGACCCUACAAGUAAAGGCAAUUCUCUCUUUGCUGAGGUGGAGGACCGUAGGGCAGAAAUGGAGCGACAGCUGAUCAGUGUGAAAGUAAAAUAUCAGUCCCUCCAAAAACAGCAUGCAUUCACUAGAGAACAGUUGCAGAGAAUGAAGCUGCAAAUGGCUACACUGCUGCAGAUGAAAGGCUCUCAGACAGAAUUUGAUCAGCUGGAACGUUUACAGGCCAUGUUAGAGCAGAAGAAUGGGGAAAUCGAAGAUCUGCUUAUGAAAGUGAGGCAACUAGAAAAAUUUAAGACUUUAUAUGAGAAUGUGGAAGAAUCCAAACCUGGGAGUAGCUCAAAAGGAGGUGACUCUGAGGAUGGGUACUACGCAGAUUUACUGAAAAUUAAACUUGACAACUCCAACAAGGAAACUGAAACAUUGAAAAAUGAACUCUCCUUGCAAAAAAUGAAGGCUUUGUAUGAGAGCCAAAGGGUCCUGGAAUUUGAAAGGAAACUCUUAACCAGUGAGAGGCAUUUGCAGGCUUGUCAGAGUGAGAAUAUGAGCUUGAGAGUUAUGCUGGAUGAGCUGAAAAUGAAAUAUGAACCUGAAGAAUUACCUAAAGGUUCUAAAAUUAAAAAGAAGAGGGAGAGGAUUCCAGUGGACACUACUUGUGAAUACUUGGACAGCAAAAGUACUCCAGUAAAAGAAAGUGCUCUCCCUGAAAUGCCAAGUAGGGAAGGAAAAAAGGUGACUGCCAAGUACUUGGAGCAGAGUGGUGCUUCUCCCCUGAGACAGGCUUUCUCAGCAUCCCCCCUCCACAGCCCCCUGCAAGCAAAAAGGAACAUCAUGGAACCUGAACGGGAAAGGAAGAGAGUUAAGUUUCAGGAGGAGAACCACGAUGCCUUUUCUUCAAACAGCAGAAGUGCAGAUAAUUCCUUGACUUCUGCUGCCCUCAGGUCAGUGUCAGCUUCUGUCUCUGCUCAAGGCAAUCAGCACAGACCUGCAUCUCUUUUCUUUCGCUGCAUGAACUUUGCUAUCCAAUUCUUUAUCUAUUUCCUGAGUGUUGCAUGCCGUGUCAUUCCUCAGCUCCAGCUGCCUACAUUGAACUUCUCAGUACCUUUUAGGAGGACUAAAGUGGUGACUAAUAAAAAAGACUCUUGAAACUGUAACUCAAAUAACCUUGCCAUUACUUGAAGACAGGUAGCAUGUGGACAGCUCGCUCGGUUUGCUCCAACCUCAGAGACUUCUUGUUUUCUUGGUCCCUUCCAAACUGUCCCACACUCCUGUUACACCUCAAGGUAAUCAAGGCAAUAGGUAUCAUGCUUCAGUUUGAUACCUGAUUUCAGCCCUCAUCAACUUCCAGAUUUAGCUAAAAGCCUAAAAAUUAUUGAAGUCAUUCUUAACCUCGGUGUUAACAAAACUCGCAUCGGACAAGACCAGAGAGAAUUAAUCAGCUGUUUGUGUUGUCAGACAAAUGACUUGCAUAAUCUGGAUGCAUGAUAGCUGGAAAGAAAACUGCCAAAUUGACAUCACAUUUUUGCCCUGAACUGAGAAUUUAAGGUACUUUUUGCUAGAUGGUAAAGUAACUGAGAACAGUCAUUAUCUCCAAUUUUUUUAUCUUGGUCAAAGGAAUGCUGAUUUCUAUUUUCUACUCUUUCAUCAAAUGCUUUUUGUAUUCUGUUCAUAAUCUUUGUAAACAUGUUUGUUUGAGGGGAGAAAAAAGUCUGGGCUUGUCUAGAUGCUUUGAGCUUACAACUAGCUCAUGUCUGCUAGAAGAAAUGACUUAGUGGGUCUAAAAUGACCGCAGCUCUGAAGAUGGAGGAAGGCCUAACCCAUGGAAAUCUGUAGGGUAUAGCCAGAGCUGAUGGCAUUCAGAAGUAAUUGGAUUGAUCCUUUGGCUCUUAGAUCAAUUACUCAAGGUUGCAUGGGUGUAAUUAACAGACUUAAAGUGGCCAAACAUUGCAAUCUUCUGAAACAGCCUUGGAAAAAAACAUGGCAGGAGCAGCUGUUGGAGCAGCUGUGCCAAAAUGUGCAGGGACUGUUAGUGAGGAGGGAAGAUCAGGGAGGUCAGAGGUGGGUGGUGAAAGUGGAGAGGAAAGAUGGGAUGACUGAGUGAUGGUGGUGUGUUUUGACAGUGUCUCUCCACAUCCAGAACAGGUAGCGUGUAACCUGGUAGGAAAAGUUUAACUUAUUUCCUCAUAUUCCUUGUGGAAAGGAAGAUUCAGUGUCUGCUGACAGGAAGUUGUUGGAAACAGUUUAUGUGAACUGAGGGGCUGAACCUACUGGAGAGGAGGUGAUUAUUUGAAUAAUCAUGGAGAGGUGGGGAGUGGAAAUUAUUGAUGGAGUUGAUGUUUGAAAGCAGAGUGAGUAGAAGAAGUGGAAGAGGAAGAUAAAGUCGUAGCUCAGAGGGAGGUUUCUAAUCUUGCACCCAUUGCUGUUGGUUCAAAUAAAGAACAAAACAUAAGUCAAUUUCUAAAAAAAUCAAAACCACCAACACAACUGAAAAAUUGCCACAAGACUCCAUAUAAGCUGUUUUCAAUGAUGGUAUGAGCCUGGUAAGGGCAAAUCCAGGCAGGAAGUUCUGUUUGUUUCUGAUGGUUUUAAUGAAGUACUAAAUCCCCAAGUCAUGAUGUUGUUAAUAAAACACUGAGGGUUUACUGAACCCUGAUCUGCUAUGAUUUGUUAUGAAAUAGGAAGUCAUGAUAAAGUCUCAGUAUUUGAGAGGUUGGAUUUCUAAAGACUAAAGCAAUCUCUGGACUGUUCUGUGAUAGAUUUGGCCAAACCCUGGGCACAAGAAUUAUUGGCAGCUUGAGUGUGGACCUGAAAAUGGAGACUUUUGUGCAGCACCUACUGCACAACUUAGUUUGCAUUUAGAUUUGAGGUUGUUUGCUUUAGUUUGAUCUAAAGAAGAGCUUGUGUGCCUAAGAGCUUAUUUGCUCCCUUAAAUUAUUUAGCUGGAUUACAUACACCAAAUCUACUUCACAUGCCUGCAGCCAUUUGGCCCAGCAGGAGAUCUGGAUACUGAUAAUCUCUUUGGGGUUUUAGGCAAGCAGAGCUUCACCUGAUGAGACAGUUCAUCUGCUUUAAAUGGGUAGAGCUCCAGUUAUAACUCAGUUUUGGAGUCUGCCCAGUCACAGCUUGAUACAGAAUCAUGGCAUAGCUUUGGUUUUUUUUAAAGUGGAAGUGUUUAACUGGUGCCUGUUCUUUCUGAUCCAUCCAUUUCCCUGUGCUGACACUUGAGCAUCCAUUGUGGUGCUCUAAGGGAUGGUCUGAGCCCUCAGAGUGAGGGCUGUGGUGGGUCCCACAGCCCACCCAGCUGCUUUCACUCCCUCUCUUCCACAGGGCGAAGGAGAACAUUAGAUGGGAAAAGCUUGUGGGUAGAGAUAAAGCUGACAGGGAUCCAUUGGGGCAAACCAGACUGGGGGCAGGUUAACUUGGCAAUUAAAAGCAGUGGGACAAUGAGAGAGAAAGAAAACUGCUGUUCCCCUAUGCCCCAGCCCUUCUUCCCAGGCUCAGCUUCAUUCUUGGCUUCCAUAUCCUCCUCACAAGAGGCACAGGGAAUUUGAUUUCCAGACUCGUUACAUCAUACACUGACACAAUUGCCUGAUUCUGUAAAAGGGCAGUAUUUUGUAUAAAUCCUGUUGUGCUGCUUUGGAAUGUAUAUUUAAGUUAAUUUGGGGUUUAUUUGGUCUUUUGGUUUGUUUGAGUCCUCUCUGUAUUUCGUAGGCAAUCCUUGCUGGUGGUUUUGGCCAUUAGAGCAGUGGUUUUGAUGGCCUUGGGCAGGGGUUGUUUCAAAGCAGAGGAGUGAAGGGACAAAGGAAGGGAAUCUGCCACAGGACCAGAUGGACAGAACCUGCCCAUCCCUAAUUCCUGCUCCUGGGGAAGCAGAGACUGCCCUGCAGGUGAAGUGCAAACCACAGAAUGAUUACUGGGAAUUACUUAGGGAAGAAAAAAGCGUGUUCUGUCUUGCUACAACUUUUGACUGAUUUAAAAUGGGGGGCAGCCUGGGGGAAGGUGACCACAAAGAGAAGGUUGUCAGCCAUCAGAAUCACCUGGUGGAGCAAACACUGACCCAGGGCAGGUGCACAGCAGAACCUGUUUCUCUUUAGUGUGAGACAGUGCUUGUAGGGAAUAAUAUGCAUAUUGCUUGCAAUGCCUAAUAGUUUGAUUUUAGUUUGAAUCUGUAGCUAAAUUUCCCCCCAACUGUUUUGUUACAGCUCCUUUCAUAGUCCUCAUGUUGAGCUGCAGGUCUGUGUUGCAGAUAAAUCUCUUAACAACUGGGUAGCAGCUGUUUUUGUUUGGAAAACCAUCAUUGAAAUCAGCUAUCAGUGGCUGUGGUUGCUCUUGAGACCACUAGAUAUCCACAAGGUCACUAGAGAAUUGCUUUAAUGUAUGUGGUGAUGAAGGAGCAUAGAUCUGUGUUGGUAUAUAAAGCCAUGUUUAAUUUGGAACUUCAUUUUCCAUGGUUAUUUUCGCAACAGAAGAAAUUAUGUCUAACUGUGGGUGAUUUGAUUGGGUUAAAUAUCGUUAUUUAUCAAUUGUUCUACUGGCAUGUUUGCAUGUUAAUUAAGUUAAAAAUGAGAUCUGAACACAAUGUUUUGAUUUCAGAAUUACUUGUCUCUUUACCAAACACUGAGGCAGUUGCACCCCUAUUUACAUUCAUAGCAGCAUUAAAACGUGUCAGUGGGCAAAUGAUGCCAUUUAGAGCCUGAAAAUCAAUUUUCCUGCAGCAACCUAAGAUAUUCAGGCAUUAAAAUAAAGGCAAUAGGAGUACAGAACUAGGCUGCUCUAGUAGAUUGCUCUAAGGGUGGUCUUUUUGGUGGUAUAGAAGAAAGAAGCUUCACUUCAGCAUAUUUGUAUUAUGUUGCUGGCACUUUGCACUUGGAGUUGUGUUUUGGGGAUUUGAUCUCCUUUAUGUGCAUGGCACAGUCACUGCUGCUGGAAGGCUGAUCCCAACCAGAAAACACACUCAGUAACCUUUUUUACCCAACAUUUCAGCAGAUGAGGUGUGUGGGAGGCUUUAAGUGAUGAAAUGUGAUUAGGACUGAUAUAAAAAUGCUUCAUUUCAGUCUCAUUUUCUUCUUAAGCCCUGCUUGCUCUGUCUCUGCCUAUGGAUGGUCUUCUGUGCCAGUUGGCUUCUUGAUUCUGCCUGAAACUGUUACUUUAGUCCUGUUUUAUAUAAACUAAAUGUGUAUUUAGAAUGGUUGCUUUGCCUGUAGGUUAACAGCUGAAUCCACAUCUGAACCUACAGAGGAAGAUAAGAAAGAAAAUAAAAUCACGGCGGCGAAGAAAACAAAAAAGACAAAAUACACAACCUUGUAUGUACCUUCUAAGACAACUCCUGAAACACA